UCUAGUCUUGUUCCCCAAGCUCCAUUUCACGAAAAACCCCAAAUCACGCGGAGAGGAACAAAAGAGAAGAAAACAAUGUCGAAAUCGAUCUCUCACAACGCCACAGCAAACCACGACGCGCUCCGCUUCGGAUUGGAUGGAGUCAAAGGCGACAUUGUCGGCGUUCAUCCGCUCCAAUCUCUUCGAGAGAGCAAUCUGAGGAGCUUGGCGGAGAAGAAGAGGAUGGGGUUAGAUCUCACCUACGGAUCGGCUCUCAACUUGAGAAUGGAUUUCGAUCGGCAAAUUCUCUCCAGAUUUCAGAGGCCACCUGGAGCAUUGCCAUCAUCCAUGGUAGGUUUGGAGGCCCUAAGUGGUGAAUUAGAUGAUUUUGGAUUUGAAGAUUACCUUAAUGUGCCACAAGACUCUGAAACUUUCCGGCCUGCUGAUAUGCAUCACGGUAUGGAGGUCCGUCUCGGCCUCUCGAAAGGACCUGCUUGCCCUAGCCUUAUCUGAAUUAUCCUUAUGAUCUUGAGAUUCACGAAGAAAGAAUUUUCACUGCUGAUUCAUUUCAUAUGAUUGAAGCUUGUAUCAAGUUCUGAUAACAGUGACAUUUGUGAGCGCUUGUUAAGCUGCCUACUUAAUGAACCCUGAAAUUUUAUUGCUGCCUGAGUUUUAAGUAGCUCUUUAAUGGGGAAAGAAAAAAAAGUUCUAGUAUGUAUAGUUGAGAAAGCUUUCUUUUUUAGUUAAUUGUUAUUAUCUUUUUUUUUU